AUGAACGGAAAGAUUUUAUGUCUAUGUCAAAAAUGUGUAAACGGUUUUGCUCUUGAUCCAAAAAUUUUUGAAGAACAUUUGGUGUGGAAUAGUUUUCUAAAGGGUUGUACUGAAUGGGUACUUCAUGGAGAGUUCACACCUUCAUGUAACCAACCCUUCUAUCUAGAGCACACCUUCAAUUUUGGAACCAAUGACACGGAACAAAAUUCUGUAGAAGAAGAUGAUAUAAGGGGCUUACUUAAAGAUGCUCUUGGACAUAGUAUUAAAACUGUAGGAGAAGAUGAGCGUACAGUUAUUGAUCAGUCCAUGCAUGUUGAUGAAUUUAUACAUUCUGAUGACACAGCUCGUUAUGAUAACUUAGUGAAAGAUUGUGAUCAAGAACUGUAUCCGGAUUGUGACAAGGGCCCAGGCAUAGUACGAUGGGAUUCCUCGUCUUCAAGCCAACCAGAGUUCGAUUAUUUGUUCAAGUUGUUGCUGAUCGGGGAUUCGGGGGUGGGGAAGAGCAGCCUCCUGCUUAGAUUCACCUCGGACUCUUUCGACGAUCUCUCCCCCACGAUUGGUGUGGAUUUCAAGGUGAAAAUGGUUACAAUUGGAGGCAAAAAGCUGAAGCUUGCAAUCUGGGACACUGCUGGACAAGAAAGGUUCAGAACUUUGACGUUCAUAUUACAGAGAGCACAAGGGAUCAUCAUGGUUUAUGAUGUAACACGAAGGGAAACAUUCACCAACCUUGCUGAUGUAUGGGCUAAGGAAAUAGACCUUUACUCAACUAAUCAAGAUUGCAUCAAAAUGCUUGUUGGUAACAAGGUUGAUAAGGAAAGUGAGAGAGUUGUCACAAAGAAGGAGGGCAUUGACUUUGCUAGGGAAUACGGAUGCCUGUUUUUAGAAUGUAGUGCAAAAACAAGAGUCAAUGUGGAGCAGUGCUUUGAAGAGCUUGUCUUGAAGAUCUUGGAUACACCAAGCCUCUUGGCUGAGGGUUCAGCAGGUGUGAAAAGGAACAUUUUUAAGCAGAAGCCACCACAAGCUGAUGCUUCUACUAGCAGCUGUUGCUGACUAUCCUUUGCCCAAAAUCUUUCACUUAAGGUUUCUUGUGACAGCAUCCAUGCUGAUAGUGAUACAGAUGGUGGUUGGUGGUGAUCUUAUCUUUCUGCUGUUCAAAUCAUGUAUAGAACUGUGAAUUAAACUCAUUUAAUUCCAAUAUACAAUCUUUUUUUGCAUGAAUAUUAGCUUGUGUGCUAUCACUAGUUCUUUCUGGUUAUAGUGUAGUUUAUGUUGUCACAGAUGAUGAACAUGUAAAUUCGUGUUGUCUGAGCUGAAAUUUUGCUCUAUGAAAACAAUCAGGUAUGCCCUAUAUCA